UCGCGGAGUGGAGAUACAAGGAGGCCAAGUGUGGCUUAGCAUGUAUCUACCAGGGUACAGCUCUAUAAAUGAACUAUUUUAAUUAGCCAUAUUCAUGUAGAAGCAGAGGCCUUCUUUAUUUAUUUAUGCUUUUUCUGCUGCUUCUGCUUUCGCUUUUAGUUAUUUUAAUUUAUUUUAUUAUUUCAAUGCAUUUUGUCACUUUGUCCACAUAUUAAUAUAUGCAUGCUUAAGUACUUGCCUUCAGCCUUUGUUUUAUUUUGUUUGAUGCUGCUAUUGCAUUCUAUCGCCUGCACUCCAAUCUACAUUGACUCUUUUGAUUUUCAUCUGGACCUACUGUGUUUUUCAAGAAAGUAUACGAGUUUAUUCAAGACGACCUUCACACGGCCUCUUGCAAAAUCCCGUGAAUACAUCUUUCACGUCUAUUGCUUUAAGUUAACUUUGCGCUGAUCUGAUCAGUGAGGGUCUUAAAACAAGAUUCAGUUGCUAUUUGGUCUUUAAAACAUGAAUGGAAUUGAGGCUGACCUGAUCUCCGAGGAAAAGCACACUUCUCGCCUGGAGUUGCAGCGCCUUCCCUUGGUUGAACACUGUUCUCGUAAUAUUGGUUGUAAUAAGAAUUUAUUCUCGGGAGACCAGUCUCGGAUGUCACCCAUUACAAACUUGGCCCACAAUAUGACCCACAUUUUGGGACUAAACAGUGGCAGUCUGUGUGAUACACCAAAAGGAAAGACCUGUGGGGACAAAAGUAAGUUUGUGAAGAGGCUGUCAGAGUGUUCGUUGUCUUCUAGCUGUUCGGAUGCAGGUGUGUAUUUGGAUUUCCCAAGUCCUCUGGAUAUUGAUGUUGAAGAAACUUUCAAGAGGGCAAUCCUUGAAUCUGGAAAAGUAAUCAAAGAUAGCAGACAUCCCAUACGAAGGAUAAAUUCUCUUCCGGUAACCUUGGGCUGCAGUCCAGCUCUGAAAACCAUUGGACACGAAGAUUCUGAUGUCUUUCAUAGCCCUUGCACAGAAAAAUUUGGACAAGAUGAAAAUAAAGAGAAUGAGGGAUUUGAGUUCAAGAAGCCUUCUAGACCAGUUGCUCGAUGUCGAUCCCGUACUUUCCAGUGUGGAAAAGAUGCAUUUGCAGAGAGACCAAAUUCUGCUCCAGCUCUUAUGCUUUCUUCUCCAGAGAAGGAUGGUCAUGAAUUAGAAGAUAGUCCUGUAUUGUUGCGCAAAUGCUCACUAACAUGCUCAGUUAACGAUGAUGAAGAUGAUGGAUUCAUGGAUAUCCUAGAUGAAGACUAUGCUGAGCCCGAAGCUGGCAUUCCUUCUGGAAUGGCAAGUCUCCUAACUGCACCCCUGGUUAAAAAGCAGGAUGAAGACAACAUAGAUGCUGCAUCCAUAAUCAAGACUAGGCCAAGAGGUUUGUUCAGGUCCCCUUCUAUGCCAAAUAGUGGGAUCAGACCUCCUUUGAAGAGAGUGGAGAGGCCUGCAGAUGAAGACACCCCUGUGAAAAUCAAGAGGAGGAAAAGUAUUUGUGUUACUCAAGAGACGCAAGAACAGAAACCAAGAGUGGUGAGAUCUCGCUCAUUUUGCCAUACUGAGAUCGAUAGGGUAUUGGAUUGCGAGAAUAGAUCCCCGGAUUUUAUUGGAGAUUUCUCAAAGACCUAUGCCUUGCCAACUGUAAAAGGUAAACAUGAUGGGCUAAAGUACAUCACUCCAGAAAUGAUGGCUGCGGUAUUGAAUGGCAAAUACAAUAGUUUGAUCGAUCACUGUGGCAUAAUUGACUGCAGAUACCCUUACGAGUUUGAAGGAGGGCACAUAAAGGGAGCACUGAAUCUCCAUUUGGAAGAAGAGGCUGAAAAUUGCUUGUUAAAGCAGCCGAUUAUAUCUUCUGAGGCUGGAAAGAGGGUGAUCCUAGUCUUCCAUUGUGAGUUUUCAUCUGAGCGGGGUCCUAGGAUGUGCAAGUUUGUGAGAGAACAGGAUAGGAAAAACAAUGAGUACCCAAAUCUGCAUUAUCCAGAACUCUACAUUCUACUGGGUGGCUAUAAAGAUUUCUUCCAAAGGUUCAAGAUGCACUGUGAGCCACAGGGCUACCGUCCCAUGCACCAUGAGGAUUUCAAGGAGGACUUAAAAAAAUUUCGCUUGAAGAGCAGGACUUGGGCUGGAGAAAAAAGCAAGAGAGACUUGUAUAGCCGUCUCAAGAACCUUUGAAGAGCUGUUUUGAAAUGGAGAAAUGUUUUUUGGAUUUUGUUCUACUUCAAGAAUAAAUGCCUGCUCUGUUUCUUGAGCAGGUGAAUAAUUUGCUCCUAUGGAACCUAAUCUGCUCCCUGACUGGUAUCUGGAUGGAUUUUUCAUUACUCUAAUUUGGCACUGGAAAAAAGUGGGCAGGAACCACUACUAUGAAAAUCUGCUUUUUGACUUAUCCGUCAUAGCACUGCACACAGGAGUGUCUUGCCAUAUUUCAUAUUUGUUUUUUCUUCAGGAAGAUCACACUGCCUUGCAGAUUCAAGCAAGUUUAAGAUUCCUGCCAAGUUUGAAGUCUGUUUUUCUACUUGUAACUGGUAGUAGCACUUCUUGCACUGCACCUUCUUUGCUGAAAAUGAUCGGUGUUUGUUCCCAACAGCAGCCUAAGUGCAGUAUAAAUGGAGUUCUGUUCAGUACCAUAAUGGCAAGAUGCCCACUUGAACACUGAGCCUAGUAAAUAACUUUGGAAUUUCCAUCAGUGUGAAUUUUUUUCUUUUUGAUGUAAAUCAUAUACCUCAUCUCUAUUGCUGUUGCACACCCAUGUAGGUUAAUGCUUUUCAUUGGAAAACACAUUUUGAGGGGGAAUGUUUGUUAAUAUCAAGGCUUUUCGUUAACUUGAAGCUAAUUAAGAAACCCAGCAGUGUUUGAUGCACAUUGCACAGCUGGGAUAGUAAUUUUUUUCAGAGCUGGAUGAUGCAGAAUGGUUUAAUUAGAUUCUAGCUCCGAUGUAAGAUGUUCUUUUGCUGAUCACUGCUCUAGGGACUUUUGCAAUUGUACCCAGCCAGUAUAAUAGUUGAAAGCCAGUAUAACAAUUAAAAUGGUUGGUGUUGUGUCUGUCCUCCUUGAAGAGGUGCCAGUAUUCUAAAUCAGUUUGUGAUUUUUGUAGUUUUACUUGAUAAGUUUCAUGACUCAUGACUGCCAGUAAGAGGCUAGUAUCUUAUUCCCUGGAAUCUACUAAUAUCCGAAAAUGCUACAUACAUAUAUAUAUAAAAUAAAAACAGUGUGCUGGGAAAGAACUCUUAAACUCUCCCAUUAAAAGUGCAGAUGAGUUGCUGGGUAGAGGAAAAACAGCAGAUGAGUAUUAUCUCUUAAAAAAGGUGGAGUGAAAAAUUCAUUCCAUUUACAUAGUUUUGCUUGUUUAUCUGACGCCAUCUCUUUCCUUUCCAUAAUGUUGUGCAUCUAACCUGAACUCUGAUACUUGUAGCGCUGGAUACCCUUCACGAACUUGUUUGGAAUUUGCUGUAUUCUUAGAACUGGUCAGUUUUCAUUCCUGUAGUGUGCCAUACAAACUUUGUGCAGCACAUUAAAUUAAAGAAAGUUUUUUCAAUGCUGCUUUGUGCAUAAGGUACAACAUAAAUUAAUGUAUCCAGUGUUCACCCCAUGUGUAGUGUGGUUCCCACAUGUACUGUGAAAUACUAUGUUUUGUCUGGUCCUGUUGUAUAUUAACAUUCCUGUUUGCACAGUUUCACCUGUAUAUAUAAACAGUGGAAACUACCCUUUGUGGCUUCCUCAACCCCAAAUACUUCUGCAUCUUAAUGAUUAUCCCAAAUGCAUCCUUUUGCCAUGUAAGCAUCCUAACUCCUUGGUGAGUAGUGAAUGUAGAGUCUCAUAAAUGGGGAGCAAUGACCCAAUAAGCUGAUAGCCACAGCAUUCUGGUCCAGCCCAUGACACUGGCUCAUUCUCAAAAUCCUUGUGCACUAGUGGCACAUAUUUCAGACGUUCAACAUCUGAGCUGGUACAAUCUACCAAUGUAUGGAUUAUUUAUUUGAAAUUGAUUUAUUCUGUAGACAUCCAUGUUUUGCCGUGUGUACAACAAUGAGCCAUUACAUUUGUUUCCUGCUUAGUAUGCAGGUCCUCCCGCUUUCUGUCAUUGUAUGCUUUUUCUAUUCAGACUAAAGAUCUGUGUAAUGCUUGUCAUUUGGUUGUAGUUGUUUGGGAUUUUGGACAGUAUUUUGCAAAUAAAGCAGUCCGAGUAGAAAACAGCCUUAUUUAACAGUGAAAGAUUCAUUUAAAAACAUGCAGUCCUGUUAUGGAAUUGGGCUGCUGGGAAGUUCAAUGGAUCCUGAACUUAAUCUGCAUCAUAAUUGUAUUUUUACAAUACAACAGAUACUCUGACAUGUUGAUGUGAAAUGAGUAGACUAAGCAAGUCUCAAGUUUCAUUGCAAAAAAUCAAAUUAAAUUGUCUCUUCCAUGUUGAUGCUGGAAUAAUGAAAUGUUUAAAAACAGCAUUUAAUAUGCCUGUUAGUAUAAAAUUUCAAAAGACUUGACACCAGCGUUACAUAGAGGCGUAGUGUGUACACAUGAGAUAGUUUUAGCAGGUGAAAUUUCAUAAAAGCACUUCAUAUCAUUUUUCUCUUGCAUGCUUUGGGUCCAUAAAAUGACACGCUGUCAUUACUGUUUGUUUUUUGGUUGUGUAAUUUGAUGCUAUAUACUGCAUACCAUUCAGGCGGUGAUGCCUUUUUUAAAAUAAAAGAAAUGCUGAAAUGGCAUUAAUUUUAAGAGA